AAAGAAGCUCAAUUACCCUUGCACCUAGAAUUAUCAAGAGAAGAAUUUGUAGAAGUUCCUUAUGAAGAAGUUUUAAAUAGAAGCAUUGCCCAAAUAGUAGGAACAUUUACUGAUGCAUUAAUACUUGCCAAGGAUAACAUUGGAACAGUUCAACAAAUACAAGAGGAAUGUUCCAAAAGGAUUGAGAAAGCUUCCACCUUUAAGGAAGGAGAUUUAGUAAUAUUAUAUGAUGCUGUCAAACAAAAUGUCCAUGGUGAUAAGUUUACUCAACGAUGGACAGGACCCUAUUAUAUCCAUAGAAAAAUUGGUGACAAAACUGACUUAUACCGAGAAUUUCCUGAAAACAUAGAAGAAAUUAAUAUCCAAUUAAAAUCCGAAAUGUUUAAAAUUACUAUCACUGAACAAAUAAUUGAA